AUGGACAAACUUAAGGAAAAAAUCAACAACUUAAAAUUGGAUGCUGAAAAAUGGCAAGAAAAAUCUGAUGAAUUAUCAGAAAGAAUCAAAGAAUUAGAACAAGAAAACUUGGAAAAGGAUAAUCAAAUUCAAGCAUUAACCAGAAAGAACCAAGUUUUAGAAGAACAAGUUGAAAAAUUAGAAACUGAUUUAGAUGCUAUCAAACAAACUGCUGAUGAAUCUCAUUCAUUAAAGACUUCUAAUGAAAACUAUACUAAAAAGAAUCAAGUAUUAGAAGAAGAAUUAGAAGAAGCUGAUAAGAACUUGAAAGAAACUACUGAAAAAUUAAGAGAAACUGAUAUUAAGGCUGAACAAUUGGAAAGAAAGGUUGCUUCAUUAGAACAAGAACAAGAAGAAUGGGAAAAGAAAUACGAAGCUUUGACCGAACAAUACAAUGCUGCUAAGGCUGAAUUAGAUGAAAUCAGUCAACAAUUAGAAGCUAUCUAA